AUUUAUAAUCUUUAUUCCGAAAAUUAUUCUUAUACCCAUUGUGAUUUAGCAAGGAUGACUAGUACGAAAAGUUAUUUUGUUAUCAUUGAGAUGGCCGCGAGAAUGAGUAUUCAACGUUAAGGCGGCACGGCCUCACCCAUGCAACCGGAUUGACGGGAGACCAUUAGAUUAAAGAAGCCAGACUUAUAGAGAAGUUGUGCCCUUAACUAUAGCUGCCAAGAUGAUGAUGAACGCCAACCGUAAGAAGGCUCAUGACAAAGAGAAGCCAUACCCCCCGAAAAAAAGAGCAGGCGAAAAAGACCAAUCGCCACAGGACGGCACAGAGGUCAUCUCUAGGAACCACGCGGCUGAGCCGCUCAAGCCGCAGAAUGCUGGGAUAAACCACGCGACCAUGGCGAAAAAGGAGGACCAGGACAAAUCUUGGCUUGACCUUGUCUACGACUUCACGCAAAAUACAACUGUUCAUGGGAUUAGGUUCAUUACGGAUAAGGAUUCCUACUGCAUCAGAAGAUGUAUCUGGGCGUGUAUCUGGCUCCUAUCAUUCGGCUUUGUGACCAAUCAGAUUGUAGACCGCGUGAUCUACUUUCUCAGCGACCCAAUCAUGGUGAAAGUCGAGGUCAACUUCAAUACAACGCUGAACUUUCCCGCCGUAGCCAUUUGCAACCAAAAUUCGUUCAGAGUCACCGAAGCAGUAAAGCAUGGACAAAGAGACCUUCUCAACGCCAUUUACAGCCACAACCCGACCCCGCUGGCACAGAUACUCAGCGAUCCAUCGGCCAGACAGAAUGCGGGGAAAAUAUUCAGUGAUCUUGCUCACCGGAAAGAGGACAUGAUUGUCAGAUGUUCCUACAACCAGCAGAAAUGUUCACCCGACAACUUUACCAUGGCCCACACUGACCACGGAGUCUGUUAUUUCUUCAACUACGGCCAUAACCAUGCGCUGAGUUCGAAUAAAACUGGGAGUGAAGCAGGUCUGCAGGUGACCAUCAACGUAGAGCAGUACGAGUACAUGGAGGGGCCCCACGACUCCGCCGGUAUCAAGCUGCUCCUCUACGACCGGAAUAACAUCCCCGUGGUCAAGGAGCUGGGCCACGGGGUGGCGACUGGGACGCACACUUUUGUAGGGGCAGAAGUAUUGGUGAUGAGUCGAAUAGGUCCACCGAAAGGGAACUGCAUUACAAGCAACACAAGGUUACGUUCCUACCCAUUCUAUACAGACGUUGCCUGUAAGAUGGAGUGCUUGACGACAUACGUGUACUCGCAGUGUCAUUGUAGGGCACACCACAUGCCCAACAUAGGCGGGAUGAGAGUUUGUUCAUUAAGGGCUUAUCUCCUCUGUGCCAUACCAGCUCGAGAGGAGUUUUCCAAGAUCGAGUUGGAGACGUGCAAGGGAUGUGCUCCUGAAUGUCAGUCCACAAUCUAUUCCCCACGUUUUUCCUACCUGACCACUGCCUCGCAUGACGUCGACAGUGUGCUGAAGAUACUAAACGAAACCAAAUUGCUGCAGAGAUACAUCAAGGCUCGGGACACUAGUUACUUCGUGGACCAUGCGCACUUCAAGGAGGACAAAAAGUUCAUCGACGAUAUCGCCCACCGCGCUGAGGAUGUGGACAAUGUCCUCGGUAAGAACCUCUCCACCAUCAUCACGGAACAGUUGGAGCAGAUCGAGAACACUUUCGACUACGCACAUGACAUUCACAGUAACAUGAGCCACAUCUACAACUUCCAGGACUUUGUGGUCCGGAUGAAUUUCGUCCGUGGUGCCCUGGCGAAGGAUGAGCGAACAUUGGUGUCGGUUGGGAAAGGUUUCGUGGAAUAUAUCAGGAAUUUUGAGCGGAAUCUCAGGUUGCUUCAGUCGUUUACUCCUGAACCGCAGAAUGCCUCCAGCAGGCUGUUGCUGUAUCAGACUAUGAAGGAUAAGCUUCUGACCAAGGCGUGGCUGGCGGAAUGGGCCCAGAGAAACGUGGACGAUAUUAAGAAUAGCUAUAUGAAGGCCAAGCCGAUAUUCAAGUACCGCUUCGAUGGCAAGACCUCAGAAGAGCACGCGCUGAUCGCGCCAAGGAGUAUCCUUUACGAGUCUGUGACGAAUGAUCACGCUGCCGGGAGACUGGAAGAUAUCAGUCGUGCACUUGUCGGCGCGAAGAUAGCGUACGACAACUUGACUACCAUUCUUGAUGAUGUCUACACAAAUAACGUCUUCAAUCCGUCAAUCUUCGGGAUGAUUCGCACGGAGUACAUGAAAAUCAUCAUAGUAGUCAACGGUCUGCGGAGCGCAGUUAUUGAGGACGUAGUCAGAAAACCUAUUGAUGUUAUGAACGAAAAGAUUGAAAGAUUUAACCAGCUGUACAACCGCAUUGACGUCCUUUUGGGCGAGAUGAAACAAGAUUUGAAGGUUCUGAACGAAACAGUUUCCGAACGUGACGUCAUCUGGACGGCCAUGUUGGAUAUUGUGAACAAAUCGGUGGAAUAUUUACAAGAUAUCAACAUCGGGAAGACGGCUCUCUGUGGACAAAUCAUGUCACUUCAACUCGAGCAAAACAUCGAGAAAUUCGAAAGUUUCUUUGAGGUUUUGAGGUCAAGGUCACGCACUCUCAAGGACGCUUGGAACACGACGUACCAGGGCAUCAUCGAGUUCGUCACUAACUUUUUGGUUGACAACGACACCUACAACUAUAUCACGAGUAAUUGGACCUCGAGUGAGUUCUUUAUGAGUAUUGAGGAUCUCUACAACGAAGAAGGGUUUAAUAAUUACUCACAGAGACUGAGAGAGGAGAUUGGCCUAAAGCAACACGAGGGAGACUUAAAUGCACUGUUUGGGACCAAGGACCGGACCUUUGUGGUGGCCUUGAGGAAGUAUCAGGACAGUUGCCGGGAGUAUCUAUCUGGGAAUCGUAUUGAUAAAAAUUUCUACAGAAAUAAUUUCUUAAGUAUGGAUGUAUACUUCAGUGAGCUAAAUUAUGAGCUCAUCCAACAGCAAGCGGCCUAUGAUAUCAUUGCGUUACUCAGUGACAUCGGUGGAUCACUUGGUUUAUUCUUAGGCGCCAGCGCCAUCAGCCUGUUCGAAUUGGUAGACCUCUUCCUUUUCAACUAUGCCAAAAAGAAGAAGAAAGAAAAUGAGAUACGACGGCGACAGAGUUUGAGCCAUGAACCCCACGUGAAACCAGAACCAAAUGACACGUACAUAAAACCUAUCAUGAAACCGGCAAUCAAAACCUACAUGUAAGAGGACAGUUUCCUUUCCAAGUGGUUGACUUCUUACUGGUCAACUAUGCAAGAAAAGGAUUAAAAGAAAGGGCAGCUGAUACAUCAGUGCACGGCGCUGACCUAGAGUUUGAGCCACUAACACUACGGGAAAACCGAGUUCAGUUACACGAACAAACCUAUAAUCAAAUCCGUAAUUAAAGACUUCCAAGUGGUCGACUUUUUACUGUUCAAGUCUGCAAAGAAGAAAGUUUGCAGAAGGAGCCGCUAUACCACAGUGUACGGCGGUGACAGAGUUUGGGCCGCGAACCCUACGGAAAACCCGACUUGAAUGACUCGUCAUUGAGUUUGUCACUGACACACUAAUUGACACUGAUACUUAUAUCUAUAUCAUGAGUAAUAAGACAUCAAGUGAGUAGCUGAAGAGAAAUGAGGACCUUUACAUUGAGGAGAGACUUCUAUAAUCACUCGCACAGCUCGAGAAAGACAUUCCAAAUUGUAGGUGUUUAUAAGAACAUAUCAUAUACAUGUAUAUGUAAACUUUUGUGUAGCAUGUGAAUGUACACUCCUUACGUGGUUUCCGCCGCCGCAAGUCUGUACCAGGAGGAAACGAAAGUGCAUCACUUCCGGUUUCUUCGUGUAGAUUAUAUACACCCGUUGACCACAAAAUGGAAUCCCCAACAGUCUCGAUACUACGCCCCUACGUAUAAAAACAUGAUAUAUAGCAGGUUUCGCAACCGACCCGACGAAGUGCGAAGAUCAGCUUAUAUACAACGUCAAUCAUCUUUCCUACCUAUUUAUUCGAGGAUUCGUUGACGUUUUCAAAAAAGUCGUCUAUAAAGUAGACACAUACUUCGUACUUUUCGUCGCUCGUAGCUCUUCGUAAGGGUUACGAAGCCUGCCUAGUAUCUGUAUUGCUCAAGAACGAAUUGACGAAUUAGUUAUCAUACUUGGCUCUGCACACCAGAGGCGUCACCUACACCUUUUUCCGGCUGCUGUGCGAAACUAUAGUGGGCGAAAACACUGCGAUCGAUUGGAGUCUGGACUCAAUCAUAUAGUCGUCUAUUUCGCUAGACUAAUGUGUCAUUGUAAAUAUAGAUAACAGCAGCAAAAUAAUACUGCUGGUUUAACACUGUACAUACUCCAAAUAUACGUCAAGACAUUCCGUAAAGUAGGCCCCAUCGCAAAUGUCGAUAGUUAUUGGCGUAGAUGUUCGAUAUCACCUACCGUCUCCUAGAGCCACAGCUAAAUUUGGAGCAUCUACAACGUGAAUGCUUUCAGAUAAUAUGUGUUUGUUUAAACUUGCAGUUAAAAGAUGCAGACCGAAUUUUUCGAAUGUUAUAACAAUAUUUCCUACAGACUUUGUCGAAAUCUCAUGAUAUUGCCGCUAUGAGGUGAAAGUUGUGUUACUGACAUUAUUUAAGCUGUAAGCUUAGCAACUUUGUUGUCGUAUAUCGUAAAUCGGAAACAUGUAUGUACGGGUAUAAAAUAAACAGUAGGGAGUUUUUGCGAUCCCUGAAACGCUUACGCGAACAUCUAUUCAAUUGUUUGACUUCAUAAUCCUUAGUUCGUAUGGCGUUCACUUUGACGUAUCGGAGGCUUUGCGAAA